AUGUGUGCGCGCGUCUGCUCCGCGUGUUGGUGGCUGUGGCCAUGGCUCUGUGCCCACCAGCAUCUCCCUCCUGAGAUGCCGGCCUCUCAUGCUCCCGGAGCCUCCGCCAACCCCCCAUGUCAUCUCCCUUCUGUUAUCGCUGACAGCUUUCUUGCGUCUCAUUUGUCGCCGAGCCCUGAGCGCACGGUGAUGCUCGGGUCUGCCCCCGACCCCCUGCCACAGGCCGGAAGCCGCGGGGGGCACCGUGGGGAAGCUAACCCGGCCCCUUCCCCCAGGAGUCACUGUGCCAGCCCCACCACAUCCUGGAAGAGGAGGGGGCCCCGGGAAGGGGCCUCCCCUACAUCGCUGCUGUCGUCCACGCCCUGCUGGACCGGCCUUAGGGGUGAAGGUGGGGGCACAGGGCCCACCCCGCCCGGGACCCCGGGAGCAGAAGACGCGCCUGGGCUCCGCGCUCUGAGACAAGCACUUGGUGAGGGUGGCCUGGGCCUGGGCACCCUUGGCCUGCGGGCCUGGCUGCCUCUGGGGUCGAGGGUCUGGGUGGAAGGACCGCGGGUGUCGCAGGUGUCGGGUCAGCCGCAAUAAACAGAAGCCAGAAGCCCUC